GAAAAGCAGCCUAAUCCACUCAUUUUACAUGCCCAUAUAUAUGUUUGAUUUAAUUGGUCCAAGAAAUUCAUGUUAUUCAAGUAUUUGAGAAGACUAUAUAUAUCUACCCACUGCAGAAAAGAGUUUCUUGAGAUCCCUUUAAUCUGUUUCUUGAUAAUUUUUUCUUGAUUUGAUUUUAUUUUUGUGUAAUCUGUCGAAGAUGGAAGGAGGGAAAAGCCAUCAUCAUCAUAUGUUUCAAGAUUCAUGGUUUCAAUAUAAAGGUAACAACUUGAAGAAUGAAGAAAGAUUUGAAUCAUUAUCAGCUACUUCAUCUUCAUCUAUUGGAGAAGAUUCAGAUGCUUCAAAUGGAUCAUCCAUAACUUCAUCUGAUACAGUAGAUGAUGUGUCAUCAUCUUCUUCAUCGUCAUCGUUGAACUCCAGCUGCAGCGGAGCUCUAUAUGAUCUUUCAGAGAUCAUGGACCAAUUGCCCAUCAAAAGAGGGCUUUCCCAGUUUUACAAAGGGAAAUCAGAGUCGUUCACAUCACUUUCAAGGGUGACAAGCAUUGAAGAUCUGAUGAAGAAAGCAGCAACUCCAUAUAGAAGAAAUUUGAAGGCUUCCAAGAGCUGUGGAACUGGUUUGCAUAGCUACAAGCAGUAUACUCUACCUAAGGCCACCAUAUCAAAGAAGGCUUCAAGGGGUGUUUCUCUCUCAUCAUUUCCAACUAAGAGAGGGGGUGUUAUCAACACCAAGCCCCCUCUCACCCCUCUUCACCAGGAUUUGGAAUGUUGAAGAAAAAGUUUUACAUAACAUCCACACACACACAUGAGAGAGAGAGAGAGAGAGAGUUGUAUAUAAGCAAUUUUGUGAUCAUAUUCUAUUUUCUUUCAUUGUUCAUAGGCACAAAAAUUACAGAAAUGAGAUUACCUUUUUAUUUCAGAUCAAAA